GAGAAUAGAACGCCAUCGUAUAAUUCCGAUAUUUUAAAAAAUAUUAAAGAUGCAAGAAGAUCCCGAGAAAACCGAUCGCACAAAUACGCAGAAUGUUAAGUUUAUCGAUAAAUUAAUCGCACAAUGGAUAAAACGAACAGGAGGCGAUAUUCCGCAUCAAACGGAAGAGGUAACCGAAUAUUUGAGCGUGCAGGAAACCACACAACAUGUCCUGCACAAGCGGGAACGCAUGAUUCAAGAUCUAAAACUGAAACUGAAGGAAAGCCAGGAGACGGUAGGCUUUUUGUCUACCUCUUUGGAAACGGAAACGCGCAAUAAGAAGGAGAUUCGUAUGAAAAUAAACGCCACUUGGGAGUCUAUCGAGACUAUCACGGAAUAUUUAAACUACGUCAGCGAGAGUCUCACCAGUUUCCAACAAUAUGGCGUUGAUUUGACCGCUUUAUUCAACAAUGUGAUUCUGAAACAGCAAGAAACUAUCCAGAAGUUGCAAUCGGACGAUGUAACAUCAAAAGGUCUGAAGGAUCAUAUUAUACAAUUAAAAAAUACAUUACAGUUGCGAGAAGAAAGAUUACAAGAGGCGAUAGUGGAGCAAAAUAAAUUAUGUAAACAACUGGAGACUUCUGAGUACGAACUACAGUUACAGAAGAAUGAACUGAAUACAUAUACCAAAGAAAAGCUGAUAUUCGUCAAAGAACAGCAGCGCUUGGUAUUAGAAAAUGAAAAUUUAAAAUCACAAUUACAGACAAUUGAAAAAGAAAAAUGUGAUAUCGCGAAAUCAGCUGCACAACUGGAAAACAAGUUGAUGCUUCAAGAAGAGAAGAUGCAAGAUGUUUUGAAAGAACAAAAUAAAUUGCAAAAACAAAUAGAAAUCUCUGAGCGCGAAUUCCUUGAGCAGAAAAGAAACUUGGCGAAUUUAUAUGCUGAAGAAAAGAAAAUACUUAUCGAAGAACAACAACGGUUGUUAUCAAAUGAACUUGAAAAUUUACAAUCACGAAUUAAUAUGCUCGAGCAAGACAAGAGUAACAUUACAGAAAUGGUCGCACAAAAAGAUGCGUCUCUUUCAAAACUUCAAGAUGAAAUUCUUAUGUAUAAAAACGAAAUGCAACUGAUGCGAGUGAAUAAUAACGAAGCAAACAUUAAAUAUGAAACAUUAGCAGAGAAACAAAAUAUGUGGGAGGAGGAAUCGCGUACGAAAACGGAAAAGAUCCAGAAUUUAGAAGCUAUGUUAAGCGUAAUAAAGCAAAGAGAGAGCAAAUUGAUUAACGAUAUAAACAGAUUGGAGAAGAAAUUAACUAAUGAAAUGAAUUAUUCCAAGGAUCUCUUAAAUAAACUUUCGAAGGCGCAAGAAGAUUUGCAGUUUGCACAAAAGAAAAAUAUUGAGACGCAAAAAUCUUUAGAAAUUACUAAGAAUACUAACGAACUUACCAAUAUCGAACUUCAGCAACAACUAAAGAUUCUUCAAAGGGAAAAGGAAGAGAUUAUAAAGCGAGAAAAUAUGAAGAAUAAGAACACGGAGAUUUUGUAUGAAAAUACGCAAGCCAAGCAUGCUGAAGAAGUAUCAGCCUUGAAGAGAGAUUACGAAACACAAUUAUUGGAGUUGAAAAGGACUACAGAUUCCCUGAAUGAUAUGAUUAACAACGUCAGAAAAGAGAAUACCACGCUGAACAAGUCCUUGAUAAAAACACGAGAGGAGAAUAGCAACUUGAAAUACGAUUAUAAAUUGAGUAUGAAGAAGAAUGAAGAUCUUCAGGAGAAGUUAAAAGAAGCCACGAAAGCAUUGCAAGCGAAAUCAAUAGAGGAUCGAAAAUCUACGAGUGAAUUUCAGUCUCAGCCUAACAUUUUCAUGGAUUACGACGGCAAUGAAAAAGAUGAGACAUUAUCGCAGAGUCAUUCAUAUUCGAUGAGUUUGAAGGAGAAUCAGAAGGAGCAAGAGGCAGAAGUUACGUCAGCUGGAAGGAAGUUCUUUAAAACGCGUCAACCGCGUUAUAGUCAACCACGUACUUAUACCAAACGACGAUAAAGAUUUACUAAGAAAUUAGU